AGGAUGAAGCGCAGCAUGGUGAGACAUCACGCUCCUGAUGUGGUCAAAGCAUAUUAUCAGAGGUACCGCAGCGAAGCCCAGACUCGUCCUACAGCCCCGCUUCUGCUGGAGCUCGCCAACCAGGUGGACCUGUCUCCGGCUCUCCUGGCCCGUCUGAUUGUGGAGUGUUUUCUGGAGGAGCGCGAGGCUUCAGUCGCAGCUUCCAGACACGUCCUCAACAACAUGCUGCGCGAGCCGUAUUUAAUUCCAGACCUGCUGUUAGCGAAGCACGUCGAGCAGUGCACAGUAAAUGACUGCUGUUGA